AUUUCUUGAACGCUUUUCCAACAGUUCCGUUGAUGAGUAUGAAAUCGUGCGAUCGAAUAAAAUAACACGGGUGUUACCGUGCAAUCGUAACGCUAUACAGGUCGUGAGAAUGGUCAAAAUCGCGAAGAAAGUUGGACCCGUCGUCGAACCCCCUCAGUCAAGUGCGGAAGAAUCAGAUGACGGAUCUUCGAGUGAUUUUGAGGAACCUUUUCCAGCAGCGGUGGAUGAUGAUGAAGGUGGCGGUGGUUUCCAGUCUAAAGGCUUGGUUCUAACUCGACCAGAAAACUUGAAUCUCGAUGGCUACGCAUCCGAAGGAGAGCUCGACACGCGGCGUCUCAUCGCCGAACAGAACCGCAAGAAGAAGAAAUCCGGUGGUUUCCAGUCAAUGGGAUUGGGCCACUCGGUCUUCAAGGGCAUUAUCCGCCGGGGCUACAAGGUCCCUACGCCGAUCCAACGAAAGGCCAUUCCGGUGAUAAUGGAAGGCCGUGACGUGGUGGCCAUGGCGCGAACUGGUAGUGGCAAAACUGCCGCGUUUCUCAUUCCCAUGCUCGAGAAGCUUCAAACCCGUCAAGUGUCCGGUGGUGCCCGGGCCCUAAUCCUCUCGCCAACCCGUGAACUUGCUUUACAAACCCUCAAGUUCACGAAGGAAAUCGGUCGGUACACUGGUCUGAAAGCCGCGGUCGUUCUCGGCGGAGACGACAUGGAUUCCCAGUUCGCAGCGCUUCACGAAAACCCAGACGUCAUCCUCGCGACUCCGGGUCGUCUCAUGCACGUCUGUGUCGAGAUGGGCCUCAAACUUAGUUCAGUGCGUUAUGUAGUCUUCGAUGAAGCAGACAGACUCUUCGAAAUGGGCUUCCAAGAGCAACUCCACGACAUUCUCAGGAGACUCACCUGCGAAGACCGGCAAACUCUGCUCUUCUCCGCCACACUCCCCAAACUUCUCGUCGAUUUCGCCAAGGCCGGUUUAUCCGAUCCGUAUCUCAUUCGUCUCGAUGUCGAGUCCAAGCUCUCAGACAUGCUUCAAACAGAGUUCUUCGAAGUUCGCAACGAAGACAAGAUCGCUUUGUUGCUGUACACCUUGAAAAACCUCAUAGACCCGUCUGAACUCACUGUCGUGUUCGUAGCGACCAAGCACCACGUAGAAUUCCUCAGUGAACUCCUCACAGCGUCUGGAAUCACCAACACGUUCCUCUAUUCAUCCCUCGACGCCACAGCUCGCAAAAUCAACGCUGCCAAGUUCUCUUCGCGAAAAAUCCCUCUUCUCAUCGUCACGGACGUCGCCGCUCGUGGUAUCGACAUCCCGUUGCUCGACAACGUCAUCAAUUUCCAUUUCCCUGCCAAAGGGAAACUGUUUGUGCAUCGCGUCGGUCGUGUAGCGCGUGCUGGUCGUUCCGGAAAGGCCUAUUCUUUCGUGUGUUGUGACGAAAUUCCGUAUCUCUUGGACUUGCAUCUAUUUUUGGGGAAACCCGUUGAGAAUUUUGGUUCUGCGACGCAAACGGUUCUGGAAUCUGAAAAGGACAUUAUUCGGAGAUCCGUCAUGGAAAGUAGGGAGCUUCAGAAGUUAGAAACCGCAGCGACGAACGGUAUGAGCAAGUAUCUCAAGUCUAGAACGAAACCAUCUGCGGAAUCGUUGCGAAGAGCGAAAUUGUUGCGUCGAACGUCGAUGGCUGGUGAGGGAACGUUUGUGUCGAAACCGCACGCGUCGCUGUCGACUGUCGAUCACGACGAAGGUGAGAAGCUGAGAAUGGAUUUGUUGUUGCAAGUGAAGGCGUAUCGACCGAAAGCGACUGUCUUUGAGAUUGCCGCGUCGAAAAAGCCGUCUCCUUGGGCGUCGACGUUGACGACGAUAACGAAGCCCGUGGAGAUGAUGAAGGAGAAACGGAAUCGCGACGCCCGGUCUAUUGCCAAGUACCAGGACAAGUACUCUGCUCUACGUGACGACGUGAAUGUCGUGGAUGCGACCAGAAAUGGUGCUGUCGAGUCCGUGGAUGACGAUACGUUGGAGCGAACGUUUAGUGAUGUGUUCAUCGCGAAGAAGUCGACGGAGUUUGUGGAUCCCUUUCCGAAAAGGAAGAAGAAGAACGCGUUGGUGGACGAGGAUCAUUUUGUGCCUUUCGUCGCCGCGGAUGCGGAUACUGAGAGAGGAUUGAGUGUGAAUGCGGGGUCGGUGUUUGAAAAAGAGGCCCUUGGGGCCAUGUUGGACAUUACUGCUGAUGAUGACGGGGGUUUGCGGGCCCAGCAGACAGGGAAAAAGUGGGACAGGAAGCGAAAGCGGUUCGUCGGGGACAAGGGACGCGAGGGCAAGGACAAGAGGAUCAAGACGGAAGACGGUCGGUGGAUCAAAGCCAGCUACAAAUCCGGAAGGUACGAGGACUGGAAGAAGAAGAACCGGAUGCACGAAGAAGCCGCUAGACGUCAGCAAGGCGACGAAGCCGACGAAGACGACGACGAUGAUCCCAAGAAAGUUUCCAAGGGGAAAAAACAGCAGCAGCAGCAAAAGAGCAUGAAGAAGAAGGGCCCUGAGCCGAGCAGAGGUUUACAAGUGCUCGGGACCAGAGGAAAGUUCCACAGCAGAGGCGCCAAAUUCCCGACUGCGACGAAAGGGGGACGAGGAGAGUUGCAAAGUGUUGAUCAGAUUGUGAAGAAGCGGAAGAUCAAGCGGAAACGAGAGAUUAAAAUGCAACGGAAACAGGCGAAGGGGAGGAGACUCGGCGGCGGUGUGGGGGGCGGUCGUGGCGGCGGUGGCCGUGGUGGUGGUGGUGGUCGCCCCAUGCAUUUGACAAUUAUCCGCAAGACUUCUGAGAAACAGCUCCAAUACCCGGAAGAACUGACGCCAGGCAGUGCGGAGGUGAUAGAAAAGGCAAUUGCGGACAAGUAUGCGAGAGUGUCGCCGCUGAAGGACGAUCCAGCGUGGGAAAGGCGGUCGUGGACGCCGGAGUCGAAGCGCAGUGGCGUGAUUGCCAAGAAAAUCGGCAUUCUUCCGGCCUGGAGAGACAGUGGGGAGAAGUUUCUGGUGACGCUUUUGCAAGUGUCUGAUAAUCACGUGAUUCGGUACAUCGAGCCGGAAGAGUGGAUCAAGACAGUGAAGGGAGCCCAGUGGUACAAGGCCUUCAAGGGUCCCCCGAAAAUGGGUGUUUUGGUGGUGGGAUCAGACAGUGCGGACCCGAGAACGUUUACGAAGGAAUACUGUGGCCUAUUUGAAGAGUCUGGAGUGAUGCCGAAGCGGAAGAUGACUAGGUUCUUCGUAACCCCUGAUGCGAAAAUCCGUCCUGGGACUCCCUUGUUUGCUGAUCAUUUUCGUGUCGGUGAAUACGUGGAUAUUUACGGGAAAACGAUCGAACGAGGAUUUCAAGGAGUAAUGAAGCGAUGGGGUUUCCACGGCAUGCCGAAGACCCACGGGCAAACGAAAACCCACAGAAGACCCGGAAAUAUCGGCGGUGGCGGAGAGAAGGCCCGGGUUUGGCCUGGCAAGAAGUUGCCCGGGCACAUGGGUUCGGAAAGACGUACCCUUAAAGGUCUCAAAAUUUGGAGGAUAAACUCUGAACAUAACGUGAUCUACGUUGAAGGCUGUGCUGUUCCCGGGCCAACAAAUGGUUACGUGCUCAUCCACGAUUCCAUUCUAAACCAUAGGAGACUGGGAUCAGAAACAAACAAGGACAAAUCAGCGCUGGAAACCCCUCCACCUUUCCCCACAUUCUACCCAGACGACCAAGAAGAAAAGGGAAAAGAAAGUUUUGCCAAUGGCCUACACUCGUUUUCGGAGCCAACAAUCAAUUUUGCGCAAAAUUGAUUCCUCAAUUUCUAGUGCUAUUUUCUCGUCGCCGGCGAUGGGAAGAAAAAUAUUGUUGUGUUCUUACACGGAUUAAAUCCUUAUUCGUGGUUUU